AUGACUCACUUCUCCUUCGCGGUGAAACCUUCGCCUCUCAACAGCGCCGCGCGCUCGCGCUUCCCAAAGUCCUGCUCCACCGGUUCCGUGGCUUACGGUUCUGCCACGUCAUCGGCUGCCGCACUGUCCCAGCUCGCGUCCCCGUUCGCUUCCCCGCUCGCCUCCCCGUUCGCCUCCCCCCUGGCGUCACCCCGGGCAUCCUCGUUUGCUGCUUCAGCAGCAGCAGCGGGUUUCAACUCGCCUCUCCCCUCUGUAUCAGCUUCCCCGCUGGUUUCCUCAACCAUGCACCCGUCAGCUAAUCACACUCGUUCUUCGCUGCCUCAUCAUGGGGACGACACGGCCGUGCAUGAACAUGACUCGUUAGAGGCUUCCUCGGUUAAGUCACAAGACAGGAUGCGACCCCCUACUGUACCCGUCGCUGGUGGGGAAAAUGUCCGUGCUUUGAAGCCGAAAUUGCCUCCCACGAAGCCUUCAAGUCAAGCCUUGGGAGAUUCUGGAGCCACUCCUACCGAAGCUGCUUCUAUCGAGUACAUUUCUGGAGCUGAGUCCAACGGGAACAGCUUUGAUGAGUUCAUUGUCAGGCGGCGGUUUGAAGUCAUGCCUCUUGACGACAACGACGAGCAGGAAUGUAACUUGGAGAGAAUGGCUUCUCAGGCGCGUCUUGAGGCUGCUAGACUUGCUGUAUUACCCCGCGAUAAGCGAUGCUCGUCCCGUCCCCCUCCCGUCGCCUUCACAUCCCCAUCCCGUCGCCUUCACUCCCCCCUCCCGUCGCUCUUCCCUUUUCCCUCGCGUCACCCUUCCCUUUUCCCGGACCGUCGCGCUUCCCUUUUCCCUCGAGUCGCUCUUCCCUUUUCCCUCUCGUCGCCUUCCCUUUUCCCUCCCGUCGCCUUCCCUUUUCCCUCCCGUCGCCUACCCAUUUCCCUCUCGUCGCCUUCCCUUUUCCCUCCCGUCGCCUUCCCUUUUCCCUCCCGUCGCCUUCCCUUUCCCCCCCCGUCGCCUUCCCUUUCCCCUCCCGUCGCCUUCCCUUUUCCCUCCCGUCGCCUUCCCUUUGCCCUCCCGUCGCCUUCCCUUUUCCCUCCCGUCGCCUUCCCUUUUCCCUCCCGUCGCCUUCUUUUUUCCCUCCCGUCGCCUUCCCUUUUCCCUCCCGUCGCCUUCCCUUUUCCCUCCCAUCGUCUUCACCGAACUCUCCCGUCGCCUUCACUUCCCUCUCCCAUCGCCCUCGCUCCCCCCUCCCAUCGCCCUGCUCAUUCUCCAGUCGCCCUCUCUUCCCCGGCUCACCCUGUUUCCCCAGCUCCCACGCUAGCCCCCGGCUCUCUCUGUCUGUCUCCCCUGCUCAUUCUCUUCGCCGUCUCCCCCCCAUUCCCCCACAACCUCUUCCUCAAGUUUUCCGUUUCCCCCACGCUAAUCCUCCGUUCCCCUGUGCCACCCUUCCAUCUCCCCCACGCCAACUCUCUCUCCUGCGCCAACGUUAAUGUUCCCAUUACCCCCUUACCCUUCCCUUCUCCCCUACGCCAGUCCUCCCCUUCCCCCACUCCAACCCCUCUAUACCCCUUCGCUAGUCCUCCCCGUAAGUGGGUUAAGCAGCAUCACCAGCGCCUCUGUCGGAAGGCUCCUCGCCUUCCGACGCCUGCUCUCCACCAACUCCGCCUGGACUGCCAUAACCCACCUCCCGUCCUCUCCCUCCGCCUCAUCUCCUUCCUCCUCUCACUCCUCCUCCUCUUCCUCAUCUCCCCUCACUCAUCUUGUUCUCUCUGGUGUCUCAAUCGCUCCUCCCUCAUCCCUCCCCCUUAG